GGGGCGGGGUCGGAGCGGGCGCGGAGCACGGGGUAGUCUCCGGGAUAGGAUCGGCUGGCCGGUUCCUGUUUCUAGGCAUGGCUCUGCGCUGCUGGCGCUGGUGGCACUGGUCAGCGUGGCCUCGGAGUCGGCCGCCUCCUUCUGGGAGCACCCCGACCUCUGGGGGUUCAGAAGAAGUAAGGGACCCUGCAGACACCAGAGCUUUGAGGAAGAAGGGAAGGAGGGUGCAGAUGAGGUUGAAGCCUGGGAGGCUCAUCUUCUGUUCCACACUGAAGUUGCAGUUCUCCACCCAGGAGCAGACCCCUCAGAUCUGUGUGGUGGGCAGUGGCCCAGCGGGCUUCUACACAGCUCAACACCUGCUGAAGCACCACCCCCGGGCCUGUGUGGACAUCUUCGAGAAGCAGCUUGUGCCCUUUGGCCUGGUGCGCUUUGGUGUGGCGCCUGACCACCCGGAGGUGAAGAAUGUCAUCAACACUUUUACCCAGACGGCCCGCUCUGACCGCUGUGCCUUCCAUGGCAACGUGGUGGUGGGCAGGGAUGUGACUGUGCCGGAGCUGCGGGAGGCCUACCACGCCGUGGUGCUGAGCUAUGGGGCAGAGGACAACCAGGCCCUGGAAAUCCCUGGUGAGGAGCUGCCUGGUGUAUUCUCAGCCCGGGCUUUUGUGGGCUGGUACAACGGGCUUCCCGAGAACCGGGAGCUGGCACCAGACCUAAGCUGUGACACAGCCGUGAUUCUGGGGCAGGGGAAUGUGGCUCUGGAUGUGGCCCGGAUCCUGCUGACCCCACCUGAGCACCUCGAGAAAACGGACAUCACGGAGGCUGCCCUGGGGGUACUGAGACAGAGUCAGGUGAAGACGGUGUGGAUAGUGGGCCGACGUGGACCCCUGCAAGUGGCCUUCACUAUUAAGGAGCUCCGGGAGAUGAUUCAGUUACCAGGAACUCGGCCCAUAUUGGAUCCUGCGGAUUUCUUGGGCCUCCAGGACAGAAUCAAGGAGGUUCCUCGCCCCAGGAAGCGGCUGACGGAAUUGCUGCUUCGAACAGCCACAGAGAAGCCAGGGGUGGAGGAGGCUGCCCGCCAGGCAUCGGCCUCCCGUGCCUGGGGCCUCCGCUUUUUCCGAAGCCCGAAGCAGGUGCUGCCCUCGGCAGAUGGGAGGCAGGUGGCAGGCAUCCGCCUGGCUGUCACCAGACUGGAGGGUGUCGGUGAGGCCACCCGGGCAGUGCCCACUGGAGAUGUGGAGGACCUCCCUUGUGGGCUGGUGCUAAGCAGCAUUGGGUAUAAGAGCCGCCCCAUCGACCCCAGUGUGCCCUUCGACCCCAAACUUGGCAUCAUCCCCAAUGUGGAUGGCCGGGUCAUGAAUGUGCCAGGCCUCUACUGCAGUGGCUGGGUGAAGCGGGGCCCCACAGGUGUCAUCACUACCACCAUGACCGACAGUUUCCUCACAAGCCAGAUUCUACUGCAGGACCUGAAGGCCGGGCAGCUUCCGUCUGGUCCCAGGCCUGGCUAUGCAGCCAUCAAGGCCCUCCUCAGCAGCCGAGGGGUCUGGCCUGUCUCUUUCUCGGACUGGGAGAAGCUGGAUGCUGAAGAGGUGUCCCGGGGCCAGGGCACUGGGAAGCCCAGAGAGAAGCUGCUGGAUCCUCAGGAGAUGCUGCGGCUGCUGGGGCGCUGAGCCCAGAUCCUGGCCCGGCACGGACAGGAGGAGUCCUGUGCAGGGGAGAGGGACUGAGCCGGACUCCGCUCCACAGCUGCAUCAUUUGCUGGUCCUGGCGUGGGGCCUUGGCUGCCUCUUUUCCAGGGGGUUCUGAGCACUUCCUCCUGCCAGAAGGUCACUCUUGCCAGUGUGGAUUUGACUCUCAGAAAGGAGAUAACCUUAGUUAGGGAUGGGUGCCAGGUGCAGGCUGAUCUUCCUCCCUCCUACCUCUCUCCUGCUGGACUGUGGAGGGUCACCAGGUUGGGAAUAGGCUGGAAAUAAAACACCUGCAACCCAGGA